AUUGCUAUUUCUCUGUUUCAGCAUUCUCAGUAGUGGCUAUGUUAAAGAGUCAUACACGUUCUGUGCUGUGCGUGCAUGUUGACGAUGACGUCAUUGUAUCUGGGAGUGAAGAUAAAACGUUACGUAUCUUUGAUAGGAAAGCUGGAAAACUGUGGAAAACUUUACAGGUAGAGAAAAAUACACUUUUUAAAGUACUUCCACUCCAGUAUUCCAAUUUUAGUUCAUGAUAAUUAUUAUCAGCAUGACCAAAUUACUGGAUGCUGAUUGGUUUAGAGGAGUACAAUUAUUUCAUUAAUUGUACUGCAGUACAAUUAAUGAUUUUCCCCAAACAAACAAAAUUGCGGAAAGGUAUUUAAACACAAAUGAAAUUGCUCUGAGGAACUUAAAGCAAAAGAACUAAAUGAAAAUAUGAACAAAAGCAGCAAAUUUUGGUUGAAAGUCUGGCAGGACUGGGCUUUGGCGAGAGAACAUGAUGUUGACAUUCAGAAUUAUCCAAUUUUGUCAUGCUAAUAAUAAACAAGUAAUCAUGCGAUGUUGCUCGUCCAAUUAGGGAUUAAUAGUACUCCUGACUCGUACUAUUAAUCCCUAAUUGUACUCGGCAUCGUAUGAUUACCUAUACUAAUUAUUGUAAUGUUAUAUGCGUUUUCAUUAUAAUUAAUGUAAUUUUAUAUGCGUUUUUAUCAUAAUUAAUGUAAUGUUAUAUGCGUUUUUAGUAUAAUUAAUGUAAUUUUAUAUGCGUUAUUAUAAUUGAUGUUACUUUAUAUGCGUUUUGCUUCAGCUCCCAUCUCCAGCGUUUUCACUGCAUUACUGGAACGAUGGUUAUAGUUUGUUACGAGUUGCUGGUCGUGAAAGCAUUUAUUAUAUUGACACAACUGCGAAUUCAUAUAAGUUAAUCAAGGUAAAGCUAUUACGUUGUAGAAAAUAAUAAAUGUAUGCAAUGUCAUGUAUAUCUUUGAACAGGUAAUGUGCAGUAGAUUAAAGACUUUCAAUAAGGCAGCGACCAGUAGUAAAAUAGUAAAAUACCAGGAGCAUCUCCUUUAUCACUAAUGAUCACCUUGUGCAGCUUAUUGCGAAUUGAUAUUCAAGGGAAAAUGUGUUGUUGUGUUGUACAUGAAUAAUUUCCCUAAUAUAUCAAGCAGUACCUCUGGGAGUACUACAUGUCCUUAAAUCUCCCUAUUAUAUCUUGAUGUCAUACAAUGCUCAUGCAUGUGAAUGGAGUUACGACUAUACAGUCACUGGGGCUAAUCUCGAACGGUCUGUGCCAGUGUAGGUAAUCCCAAUAAUAAGAAAGCUGCGAACUGACAGGGAUACAACCACCUGGAAAAUAUGAAGAGAACGUCGACGUUUCGUGCCCUUCGUCGGGAAGUUAGCGGGCCUUCGCUCGAAACGUCGAAGUUCUCUUUGUCAAUUCUUUAUCAGUUCGCAGCUCUCUUAUUACUGGGAAUAACAUGCAAUGGAUGGUGUACAGAUUAUUAGUCUAAGUUCAGAUGUAUUAAGAUCCCAUGCACAAGUCAACCAUAUUAAUUUGCAUACUCGGUAUAACGUCAGGUAAUACCAAGGUAUUCUUACUUUUUGUUGCUCCAAAGUUCAGUUUUCGUCAACUUUUUGUGUCAAAUUAAACGAAAAUUUACUUUCUAGUGAAAGGCUAUCACACUGAAACCUGUUUUCCAUGCACGUAAACCGUAUAUCAUACUAAAACGACAUAAUAGCUUAUUUCAUUGUUUCCUGAACACUAGGAUCAAACUAAUACCCUUCUACUGUACACAAAACUCAAAAGAGAUCUCUACGCUACAAUACGCGGUUAAUUGGUUGAAUCUAAGAAACUCUGGGAUGGGGGUGCUAAAUCCAGUUCCUUCGGCAUUACCUUCUGACGUCGACGCUUUUCUUUUCAUCUUCUAGACAGACUCACACACAGGACAUUCUAGAAGGGUGAAUGAUUUUGCCCAAUUUAAAGGAGCUUUGCUAACUGCGUCUGCUGAUGGAACGUUGCAGGUGAAG